GCAGUUCAUGGACGCGGUCCAGCGGUGUGGGUACCACACGACGCGUAACACGUUUGAGGACCUUCUGAAUGAGAUGGAUGAGGAGAAAAAGUCCGACAUCUUGACCCAGAGCGAGUUCAUCGAAUUUUUUCGUAAGCUGGAGGAGAGCCUGAAGCAGGAG